AUGGAUAAGGAAGAUUUCCAUAGUUUUAUUUCAUUGACGAUUCAAGCUAUGUCUUCGACUAAGGCUAAGGACUCUGCUAAAUCUAUAAUUCCCAUCUUUGCUGCUACUCCCAAGAACUUCCGCAUUGGAGGAGAUGUUCUGCCUAAGAAGGAUCUCUCCCGAUUCCUGAAGUAG